AUGGAGGAACAACCAGCAGAUACCAAAGCAGCAGACGCCCACAUUGGCACUCCCGCCAGCCGCCGCUUCGACAACGACUGCGACCGCUCUUACCAACCCACCUCCCCAUCCAGUCCCAGCCGCGCAGGCGCCGACAUGGGCGAGCGCGUCGGCAGCGGGGUGCGCCGGGUCCUCGCAUCGAUUCACGGCGCCGGCGAGUGGUUGCGCGGGGGCAUCAACGCGGCCGUUGACCACUACGCCGACGUCCGCGAGCAGAUCCAAACCCUACGCACCAUCGCCGCAACCCCAGAUCCAACCCACCGAGGCUACAUCCGUCAAAAGCAAGCCGGCAAGCUAUGGGUCCGCGAGCGCCUCGAGCAACUGCUGAACGCGGACAGUUUCGAGGUAAUCGGCUCGUUACCCGGCACGGUGGAGUGGGAGAAGACUGGCCCGAUGCGCGAGAAGCCGGUCUCUGGACAUGCCGACGGGGCGUCGGCGGGGAAGACGAUCUACCUAGAGAAACUAGCUGUUGCUCUAAAGCUGCCUGUGAUUAAGCUAGUCGAUGGCAGUUCAGGCGGAGGAAGCGUCACGACCAUCCGCAAGGAAGGCUGGAGUUACCUCCCAUACGUACCGAUGUUCCACCAAGUCAUCCAACAGUUGGAGGGGGGCAUCGAGGUCGCGCACCGGGCUGAGCUGCGGGAGGCGGAGAAACAGGGUAAUGUUCUGAAGAAAGAGCGGCUUGAGGAGCUAGAGGAGGAGUAUCAGCGGCUUAUAAACCCCGUGCGCACGGCGAAUGCGUUUAGGGUAGAGGAGAUUGGGGAUCCAAUGGCCCGACUCGGUGUGAAGUCUUCUGCAUCUAGACUGAUAUCCUAUCCUUGUUCCGUCCUUGAUCAACGCCACGACAUCGUCGUUCCGGAAAGAGCGAAGCCCGGCUCCGCGGUCCAGGCGGAUAAGCGAGCGAUAAGAUCAACAUCUCCCCCACAAACGUCAUCGUCCUCACCAUUCUCUUUGCGCUCCUCUCCAUAUCUCACUACCAGCCACCGAAAACCGCCCGUAAUGGAGUCGCUUCGCCUGUACUUCUUUACUUACAACUGCGCCCUGAGACUCAUCAAUGUUGAGCACUUUUCUCGCCACUUCCUCGACGCCUACCCCGUCACCGACAAUUCCAACUCGCCCCCCGAUCUCAUCGUGCUCAGUCUCCAAGAGGUCGCUCCCAUGCCCUAUGCCUUCCUAGGCGGCUCUCUCAUAACUCCAUACUUUGCCUCCUAUGCUCAGGCCGUCGACCGCGCGACGGUCCAGCGCUUUGACUCCCAAUAUGUCAACAUCCUCACCGAGCACAGCGGCAUGACGGCGCUGAUGAUCUUUGCGCGUCCUGACAUCGUCGACAAUCUAUCUUCUCCUGAAAUUGCAAAAGUCGGCUUUGGCUUCCAGGAAAUAGGCAACAAAGCAGCUGUUGCGUCGCGGCUGUCUUACCAGAGUCCCAAAACACCAGGGGCAGGCGUCGACCUCACCCUCAUUGCUGCGCACCUCGCACCGAUGGAGGACGCAGUUGCACGAAGGAACGCAGACUGGCGGAGCAUGGUGGAAAGACUGGUAUUCAGUGGUUCAGAUGGCGCUGCGAAACGCAGCGACGGAAACGAAGCCGAAGACGAGUCAGAGAGCGCCGCACUACUACCAAGCUCCUCAACCCCAGACAGCAAACACCCCGGCAUAUUCGCACCGUCAAACUACCUCUUCAUCGGCGGCGACCUCAACUACCGCACCGCAGACCGAUUCCCCUCGAAGAACGACUACCGAAAGUACCCGCAAGCCGACGCCGACGCCGACAACCCACUGCACUUCAGCCACCUCCUGAAAAACGACCAGCUAAGCCGCGAGAUGCAAGCGUCGCGCUGCUUCCACGGCCUAACCGAAGCCCCCAUCACAUUCCCCCCAACAUACAAAUACCACCAGGCCGCCCAACUCGCCGCCCUGCACCCCGCACCCUCCGACAAGCCCGCGGAAUGGAAAUGGACCAGCCACCGCUGGCCCAGCUGGUGUGACCGCGUGCUCUUCCUCAAUACACCACCGGGCCUCGCCGGCGCCUCGCAAGUCCAAGUCCUGGCCUACGACGCCCUCCCCGUCUCGCCGACAUCAGACCACCGCCCCGUCGCGCUGACGGUCUCCAUCCCCGUCCUUGAGCGCCGUGCGGCUGGUGAAUCGGCAUCGGCACAGCUAGCUCCAUUCCCAAUUGAUCCGGACUGGGCUCGCAAGCGGGAGGCCGCGCUGAUGAAAGAGUAUGCUGUUGGCUGCCUUGCGUACGUGGGUUUAACGAGGGAGGGGAACGCGCUGCUGUUGGCUUCGGCUGUGGGGGUUAUUGGGGCUUGGCUUGUUGUGCGGGCUAUGCUGGGCUCUUAG